AUGCCACUUGACCUUUCCAGGUUUCACCAGCAGUAUUUAACUUGUUUGAAGGGAACACACUUGCAAGUGUCUCCUGUUGACAAGACAGAUUCUCCUGGUAGUUCACACAAUGUUCAAAAGGCACAAGUUCCUUGCUUCAGAACGCAAGAGAGAAUUAACUUCCCCAGGAGCUACACGGUCCAUACUGAAGAAUGACCUGAGAAAUUUUCACUCUUUGUCGCAAUUUAUACUCUCAGCAGGCCCUCUAAAAUCAACUCCAGCAGUUAAACAUUCAAAAACUACUCACUUUGAGAUUGAAAUACUUGAUGCUCAAACCAGAAAGCAGAUAUGUAUUGUGGACAAGGUGACACAAAAAUCUACUAUUCAUGACGUGAAACAAAAAUUUCACAAAGCAUGUCCAAAGUGGUACCCUUCUCGAGUGGGCCUGCAGCUAGAACGUGGUGGGCCCUUUUUGAAGGACUACAUAACCAUUCAAAGUGUUGCAUCUUCCUCCAUUGUCACACUUUAUUUUACAGACCUAGGUCAACAAGUCAGUUGGACUACAGUAUUUUUGGCUGAAUACACAGGACCUCUGCUAAUAUAUCUCCUCUUUUAUUUGAGGAUCCCAUAUAUAUAUGACAUGAAAGAGAGCUCUAGAAGAUUACGUCACCCAGUGGUACACUUGGCCUGCUUCUGUCAUUGUAUACACUAUAUCCGAUACCUUUUGGAAACCUUAUUUGUUCACAAGGUUUCUGCAGGACAUACACCUUUGAAAAAUUUGAUAAAGAGUUGUGCCUUUUAUUGGGGAUUCACUUCUUGGAUUGCCUACUACAUUAAUCACCCACGGUAUACACCACCAUCAUUUGGAAACAGGCAAGUCACAGUAUCUGCUAUCAAUUUUCUGAUUUGUGAAGCUGGAAAUCAUUUCAUCAAUGUAGUGUUGGCUCAUCCCAAUCACACAGGAAAUAAUGCCUGUUUUCCAAGUCCAAAUUAUAACCCCUUUACGUGGAUGUUUUUCCUGGUUUCAUGUCCUAACUACACCUAUGAGAUUGGAUCAUGGAUUAGUUUCACAGUCAUGACGCAAACAUUGCCAGUUGGGAUUUUUACACUUCUGAUGAGUAUCCAGAUGUCUUUGUGGGCACAAAAGAAACAUAAGAUUUAUCUGAAGAAAUGCAGUUCUUAUAUGCAUAGGAAAUCAGCAAUGAUUCCAUUUAUACUGUAAGAAAAAAUAAGUGAUCUUAUCUCAUAUACAGAAAGCAGUAUAUAAACUCACUAAAUCAAACUUGAUAAAGGAUAGUUGCCUAUUAUGCUCCAGAAAUUCACAAACAACAGUAUUUUUGCUUGAGUAAAAAUACAAAAUGGUAGAAUCUAGCUGAAUUUAGAGUAAUAAACUUGAGGUAAAUGAAAAGUAGAAAUUAUCGAUAUAACUAAUGGUAAAUAGCAUCCAGUAUGUUUGCAAGGGACUGAUCCUUGAAUGAGAUGUUCUUACUGCAUUAAAUAUUUCAUAACUAUUUGCUUAAGACCAUUUAGAAUAUCUGAAUUUUAAAAAGUAAAUAUUUAAAAAAGUUGUAACAUUUAAAUCACUUGAAUUUUACAUAUUAUUUUGAUAGUAAUUUAAUUUUUUUCUUUAUUGUUCAAUAUGUUAUUGAGAAAUAUCAAAUGUCUUAUGUCAGUAGUUCAAUUUCCUAUAUUAAAAGUUAAAUAUUUUUAAUU